AUGUCAUGGACAGAGGUGAGGCAUCACGACGUGCAAUUAUGUACACCAUUGUCAUAUAGUAAUAGGACACAUAAACUAUGUACUUUGCCAAAUGGCAUACCUACAUUGUUGAUAUCCGAUCCAGCAGACACAUCAAGCGCAUGUUCAUUGACCGUAGCAACUGGUUCACAUAACGAUCCCCCAAAUAUUCCGGGACUAGCACAUUUAGCAGAGCAUAUGAUCUUAGCAGCAGGUUCAAAGCAAUACCCUGACCCCGGGUUAUAUCAUGAACUAAUCUCUAAAAACAAUGGUUCUCAAAAUGCAUUCACCACAGGAGAACAAACAACUUUCUAUUUUGAAUUGCCAGACACUCAUAAACAAGGUGAGCUGGAAUUUGACAAAGUAUUGGAUGUAUUUGCAUCUUUUUUCAAAAAUCCAUUAUUUAAUUCAUCAAUAAUUAAUAAAGAAAUAUAUGCCAUCGAAAAUGAACACACCAAUAACAUGUCAAGGCAAACUAAGAUAUUGUAUCAUUCUACAAGACUGUUAGCUAACAAAUUCCAUCCAUUUAGUCAAUUCACGACAGGAAAUAUUUUUUCCUUGGAUAAUAAUUCUCAAUUGAGAUCAAUAAGCAUAAAAAGCUUAUUAGUCAAUUAUUUUGCAGAGCAUUUCAAAGCAAAUAAAAUGACUUUAUGUCUUCGGGGACCUCAUUCGGUAAACGUGCUGACGAAAUUAGCUAUAGCAAAGUUCAGCGAUAUCAAAAGUCAGAACGACCUGCAAAGGAAUAAAUUUGGGUCCAUAAGUUCUAAACGAGAUUCAAGGCAACCUAGACAGGGCUACUCAAAAAUCGAGUCUUCCAAUAUUCUAGAAAAUAUAUGGUCAAAAAGAUACGCCAACCUACCUUGUUUUGUCAAUGAAUCGAAGAAAGUGAAUUCUAUAUUUAUAAAGUCAAAGAAGAAGCCGCUGGUAAGGUUUCUUUUCCCUCUUUCCUCACAAAGUACUAUAUUUACACAGAGAGAAAUAAUUCUUUUCAGUAACUUCUGGUGUACUCUAUUUGGCGAUGAAUCGGAAGGUUCUCUAAUGCAUUUUCUGGUGGAAAAAGGCUGGUCAACUAGUGGUCAUUCAUAUGUUUCGACUUUUGCGGUUGGUAGUAUAGGUUUGGUUAUUGAAUUAGCGUUGACAAACUCUGGUGUAGGACAGAUCACCGACAUUAUUAAUGUUCUCUUUGAAAAAAUUGUCAAAAUAUUGACAACUAAACACACUACCCUAAUGGCUGAUUUCUUAAACGAACAGAACAUUAUUGAACAGGUAAGAUUUUUAUAUCGAGGUGUAGAAAAAGAUCCAAUGGAGGAAUGCUCUGAUCUUAGUGGGUUGUUGCAAGAAAACAUGCAGGUUCUGGACAUUAAGUAUCUAUUUAAAGGCUCGCCGUCCAUUACCCAGUUAUAUUCAGGUAAGAAUCAAUACUCAGAAAGCAUGACUGAUGGUAAAAUACAAUGGACUGCUUAUGCCAUCAAAUUUCAAAACUUUCUGCUUACUUUUAUGAAUUAUGAAAACUUAAGGUUAUUAUUUCUGGGAUCGAAUGCAAAGGAAACAAGGUUAAUAACUAAAGAAAAAAAGAGAAUAGAAUUUGAGACAGACUUUUUUUAUGAGUUUGAUUUUUAUAGAACAUUUACUGACUUCAGGAAGUGCAGUUCCGACAUUGAGACAGAGAACUAUAUCUUCACUUUGCCGUCGAGUAAUUUGUUCAUUCCAAAAUCCUGCAGAAGCUAUACUUAUUUACAACAAGCUUUUCAGGAGUCUAGCUUGAAAUCAAAGUUAGCAUCAUUGAGGCCUCAAGUUCAAAUAGAAAAAAUACACUUUGCUCCAACCUUGGUUAGUGAUAGUCCGAAUUAUGAGAUGUGGACGCUGCCCUGUGCAAUAAAUUCAAGUCCAUCAUUGAGAUCGAAAACAAUAGUAACGUUUGAAUUGAUCUCAACAAAUAUGAUACCAUCGGCAGAAUCUACUAUACACCUAGAAAUCUUAGCUCAGUUAUUAUUUUAUUUAGUGUCUUCGAAAUUAUACCCAUCAUUAAAGCUAGGAUAUUCAUAUGACAUAGCCUCAUCGAGUAAAGGGGAUGUAAGACUCAAGUUCACAAUCUCUGGGUUCUCUGAAGGCCUUUUACUUGUAUUGGAAGAAAUUAUUCAGAGUGUGUUGCAUAUAGCAAAGGAUAAAGAAAAUAUCUAUGUUACUAACGAGUUGUUGAGAAAAGCUAGAGUUUUAGUUAGACGUAAGUAUGAUGAAGCAUGCUGCGAAAACUGCGCCAAAUUGGGUAGCGUUGGACUAUUAAUUCUACUAGAAAGUUUUCUUUGGACCUUAGAAGAUAGAAUUGAUGCGCUGGAAGACACUGACAUGACAUCCUUCAAAAACUUUGUCAACGAGUUUUUAUUUGAAAGUUUUAAUUAUUUUACUCUAUUUAUUCAAGGAAAUCUGGAUAGGGCACAUGAAAUACACCAUUACUUAAAUGAUAACCUAACACAUCAUCUGGAUAUACUUCCUGAAAAGGUUAUCCUGAACAAACCGAGAACUAAGAUAUUACAAGAAGGCUCAAAUUUUUUUGUGGCAUAUGAUGGUCAUGAAGAAGAUCCAAAUAACGCCAUAGUAUAUUUCAUACAAUCAGGUCUUCGUUCUGACAGUAUAGCUUACACAUUAACGGCAUUUACGGAAUAUUUGAUGUCAAUGACUCUACUUCCAGAUCUUCGCCAUAAAAAACAGAUUGGUUAUAUCGUAGUAGGAGGUAUGAGAGUUUUGGUUGAUUCCAUCGGUCUGCAUAUAACAGUAGUUUCUGGUACACCGCCGCAGGACCUGGAGGACAAGAUUGAUGAAUAUAUGAACUUUUUGGAAAGAAUAAUCUUAGGAAGACUUACCGAGGAGGAAUUUCGGAAUCAGUAUGUUCAAAAUUAUUUGGAUAUGUUAAAUGGUAAAAACAAUGGAACACUUAAUGGUACUGCUGGUGCUCACAAUUUGUUGAACGAUAUUGUUUCAAAUGUCGCAAAUGGUGAAUACGAAAUCCUGAAUAGCUCAGAAAUGAGGGAGCAUAAAAGACUCUGGAAUCAAAUAUCUGAUGAUGAUCAUUCCUUUUUGGAUGAUAUAGAGCUUAUAAAUAGAGAAGUCAUUGAAACUCUGACAUUGAAAGGCUAUAUGCAGUUUUUCAAAAAAAAGAUAUCUAUACAUUCUAAUAAAAGAAGUAAACUGUCGGUAAUGGUUACAAGUCCUAUGCCAGAAAAUGAAAUAAUAAAUAGAAAAUUAUUUUUACAAUUAGAAGCAUUUCUAAAAAUAAAAGGAUUUGCCAUUAAAAGUAAUCAAUUGAAAGAAAUUGUGGAUAAAGCCGACGGCAAGCCCUCAGUAGUUCUCAAAUUAUUAUUGAGUGAAUUUCGAGAACGUAAUGAAGCAUGGAAGUUAUUAAGAGCCGUUUUAAAGGAAGUUUUAAAGACGACAGGCCAAACAUUGAAGCAUCGUUAUGGUAAAGUGCUACCAUCCCCUACCAAAAGUGAUAAUUCAGCUUCGUUAGAAAAAAGCUCGAACUACAGUGUGAAACCGGUAAUUCCCUUAAAACGUAUAGAAGAUCUAAAUAUAUUCAAAAGUGAGUUUUAA